UGUUGUGACAGUUUGUCUGUUUCACCAUUGUUUUUACGUAUUUUAUGUAUUUCUAAGCAUCCUCUUAAGCAGGAAAGAUGCUUACGACAGAGGGUUUCACGUCUUUUUCGGGACAGAUGUGGGAGAAGGUGUUGUCAAAGGUGAAGAAAGCAAUUGUUUUCAUGGAUGAUCGUUGUUCUGAGAGCCUUCAUUGGAAUGGCGGUGCUGCAAGCCUGUUUGAGGCUGGAGCGCGUAACGUGAAGCAGUUUUCAAGCUUCGAAGCCGGUGGAGAAAACGAACCGAAGGCAGUGUUUGUGGUGAGCACUCUGCUUAAAGGUAAAACGGCAGACAUCAUCAAAGAUAUUAUCUGCCUCAGUCAUCUCCAGUACUGUGUGGUCUUCACUGCCGUGCCGCAUUCCAUCCACCUCCUGGCAAAUAACGUCACAGCUGAACUUGACGGAAACCCAGUGUUCGAGCAAUUUGAGGAGAAACUCUGUGAGUGGAUGGGUGAUAUGAAUUACACCGCAGAAGUUAUGCACGUCCCCCUAACCUUCGCUCCAGUCUCCCCGCAACUCCUCCUUGCGCCUGCCUUUGCUGAUCUCUUCCCUUUACUGUCCACUGACCUCGAAGACAUCAACCGUAAACGUCCGGAGAAGAAAAGAUUCGGGAGCUUGAUUGACGUGGACAUGCAUUCCUUACCUCCGGAACUCCAGAUUCACAUUAAAGCCUUAGCAUCAUCUCUUAACGCUAUGUUCGAGUUUACCAAUACUCGAGAGGAGAGUUUCGCCGUUGGCCCGAUGAGCCGUCUGAUUGCAGCAGAAUUAGCCAAUAACCCACAAGCUAAAAACAGAAGAAAGGCAGCCCCUAAUAAAGCAUCCAUUGUUUUCAUUGACAGAACUCUAGAUCUGACAGGAGCUGUGGGUCACCAUGGCGACAAUCUGGUUGAAAAGAUCCUCUCUGUCAUGCCUGUGUUGCCGGGACACACAACAGACGUUCAGGUGGACAUGUUGGAGCUGACUCACCUUAAAAACACACCUGAAGCACAUUGUACCCUGGCACCUGGCUGCCUUGCACAGACCCAGUCGACAGCAGCGCAGUCGCUGUGGGAGACAAUGCUGGUCGCUAAACAGAAGGAGGCUGUGAUGGAGGUUCGGAGGCAACUGGUGGAGGUGGCCAGUAAAGAGAACCUGCCAAUUAAAAUGAGCUUAGGACGUGUGACGCCCGAACAGCUCUCCUCCUAUGCCCAGUUGUUUCGGAGCAGUUGGAAUGCUCUAGAAAACCAUUGUGGGGUUCUACAGCUGGCCCUCGCCACAGCUCAGACCCUGCGCCAUCCCGCCCUGUCACGCUGGGACGCCUGCCUCGCGUUCGAGCGACUCCUAUUGCAGGCUCUGGGUGACUCCGAUUUGGCCGGACUUUUGAGGCAGCUCCUGCCUCUCAUGAAACUCUCGGAGUCUGGUUCAGAGCUGAGUCCAGACGAGCUGCUCCUUCUGCUGGUGUACGUCUACUCCCUGGCGCAGGAGGUCCGGCCGGGUGGAGGGGCGACAGACGAGCAGGUGGGGAAAGUGGAGAAAGAACUGAUCGGAGCCCUUACCCUGCUGAUCACUCAGCAGACCAGCCUCAGCCCAUUGGUCCAGAGUGUUACAGGGGUGGCAACGCCUGAGGACAUGACGACGGAGAGAGCACACACGGCGCUGGAGCGUGUGUUUGAGACGCUGAAGGGUGUUGGCCACGCCCGGACACACCUAAAACAGCUCCGCAGUGUCUACAGUGCCAGUGAUGGAGUGCACCAGGCGACGUACUGUCCGUUCCUCAAACAGGUUCUAGAAGAGAUCUUCCGCCCAGAUCGCCUUGAGUGUCCGGAUAUAGAGCACACAUCAGCAGGGCUGACGGACCUGCUAAAGACUGGCUUCAGUAUGUUUAUGAAGGUUAGUCGACCACACCCCAGUGAUCAUCCCCUGUUGUUUCUCUUUGUGGUGGGCGGAGUCACACCCUCUGAGCUCCGCCUUAUCCGGGAAGUUGUAACCACACACAAAGCUGGUACACAGGUGAUGGUGUUGUCCACCAGAUUACUGCGGCCUAAAGACAUCCCCCACCUGCUCUUCAACACAGAGAGACUCACACCUGACAUUGGUAUAUGAUGGACCACACACAAAUGGAGUAAAACUUAAAAAGAAACACCA